UUUGGCGGGAACGAGACAUUAGUAAUGUGAAUUGGGUGGUUGUACCGGAAAUCAGUCGCACAAAAAACAAAAUAAUAAAUUUGGUACGGAGAUCCGGUUUAGUGUGGUUUAAUGGAUAAGCUGGGCAAAAAGAAACAAAAACCGAUUUUGGGAUUCUGCUGAAAGCAAAGGAACCACCGUUCGUCGGCAAAUUCUCGAGAGUGAGUGAAUUGAAUCGAAUAGCAGAAGCUUGAAACUGAUGAGAGAGUGUUGGUGAGAGAGAGAAAGAGAUCUGAGUUUCUUUGUUUCCUUGUUAGAGAGAGAUGGGUUACGGAUGGGGGAUCUUCGAGGGAAUGCUGGUGAUUGGAUCUCUGUGUCUCUUAGGAUCGGCUGGUCUCUGGUUUCUCAAUCGGAGGCUUUACAAGGAGUACGAAGAGAAGCGAGCUUUGGUUCAAAUCAUUUUCAGCGUCGUCUUCGCUUUCUCUUGCAACCUUUUACAGCUCGUUCUCUUCGAAAUCAUCCCUGUUUUAUCUAGGGAGGCAAGGAUGGUAAACUGGAAGCUGGAUCUCUUUUGUUUGAUAGUGCUCCUUGUUUUCAUGUUACCUUAUUAUCAUUGCUAUUUGAUGCUUCGCAAUACUGGUGUUAGAAGGGAACGUGCUGCCGUUGGGGCCUUGUUAUUCUUGACAGCGUUCCUUUAUGCUUUCUGGCGCAUGGGAAUUCAUUUUCCUAUGCCUUCAGACAAAGGUUUCUUUUCAAUGCCUCAACUGGUCAGCAGAAUCGGGGUCAUUGGUGUGACCCUCAUGGCCGUCUUAUCGGGUUUUGGAGCUGUUAAUCUGCCCUACAGUUAUAUAUCGCUCUUCAUUAGGGAGAUUGAAGAAUCAGAAAUAAAAUCGCUGGAAAGGCAACUGAUGCAAUCAAUGGAGACUUGCAUAGCUAAGAAGAAGAAAAUUAUUUUAUGUCAAGUGGAGGUGGAACGAAGUCUAGUAUCAGAAGAGCAUCAAAAGGGUAAAUCUUUCUUCAGAAGAUUUGUCGGGACUGUUGUGCGAUCGGUUCAAGAUGACCAGAAGGAGCAAGAUAUUAAACUAAUGGAGGCGGAGGUGGAAGGUUUAGAAGAGCUGUCAAAGCAGCUAUUCUUGGAAAUUUAUGAACUCCGCCAAGCAAAGGAUGCUGCUGCUUUUUCUCGAACUUGGAAGGGUCAUGUGCAGAACUUGCUUGGCUAUGCGUGUUCCAUUUACUGUGUGUAUAAGAUGUUAAAGUCUCUACAAAGUGUCGUUUUCAAGGAGGCGGGCACCAAAGAUCCUGUCACGAUGAUGAUCAGCAUAUUCUUGCAGUUCUUUGAUAUAGGAGUAGAUGCGGCAUUGCUCUCACAGUAUAUUUCCCUGUUAUUUAUUGGGAUGUUGAUCGUGAUAUCAGUGAGGGGAUUCUUGACAAAUCUGAUGAAGUUCUUCUUUGCAGUGUCGAGGGUAGGGAGUGGAUCUUCAAGCAAUGUUGUGCUUUUUCUAUCUGAAAUCAUGGGAAUGUACUUUUUGUCUUCCAUUCUUCUUAUAAGAAAAAGUUUGAGAAAUGAGUACAGAGGGAUAAUAACAGAUGUGUUAGGCGGAGAUAUUCAGUUUGAUUUCUAUCAUCGAUGGUUUGAUGCAAUAUUUGUGGCCAGCGCUUUUCUUUCUCUGCUUUUACUUUCUGCGCACUACACAUCUCGUCAAAUUGAUAAGCACCCGAUAGACUAAGCAAGCAUCUGAGUGGUUGAUUAAAUUUUGAUCUACAUGAAAAACUUGAAAGCAGUGACAUGUGUACAUUUUCUUGCUUUGAAAGGAUUAGUCUUGAGUUGUUUUUUCCUUCCUCAGUUGUGUGUGUGAUUAGCUGACUGAUUAGUUGUAAAGAGAAUUGAGACUUUGGGGGUUUUCCCAUUCAAUAAUAGAUAUCUGAUGUCCAAAUUAAAAAUAAAAA